UUAUUACUAUUGAUGCUCGUCCUCGUUCCAAAAAUUCAAACUGUUGUAAAAAACCUGGUAGUCCUGGAUGGAAUAACUUAGUUUAUUCUAAUGGUGGUACAACAAAAACGGGUGAUACAUCAGCGCAAAGUUGUUGUGAAUCAUGUGCUGCGGACCCGAUCUGUGCACUAUGGUUCUUUAAAUCACAAAGUUGUCUUCAUAAUGUAGGUGCAGAUACAUGUACCAGUCCAUUGUUUAAUAGUACCGAUAUUUUUGAUAGUGGUGAUAUUCGCUGUGUAGGUGGUUGUACUCCAAAAUCACAGCAAUCAACACCAGAUGGUACUGCUGAAGUUACAAGUACUGAUAGCACUGAUAGUAUUGAUAAUAGUUUUGGUGAUAU